AGCUAAUGAUGGUUUAAAAUAUAUAAACUGCUUCAUUUCUGCGGCUACAUGUAUGAAUUCUAAGGUUGGUGUACCAGGUUUAAUGUUAGCAACAAUAUUGAAUGAAUUUGACGGGUCCAUAAAAACGGUAUCUGGAGUGACUUAGCUAGCGCUAUGCUACUACUGCGAGAGUAGCACAACAAAUGGCCAGAUAGUUUUAUUUUAUUUACUUUCUUCGCUAGCUAUUUGGUAUAUUUUUUAAGAAAUAUGUUUAGUACUGUGUCUUUUAAAGUACAAUUGUACUAUAUACAGGGGUUGGACAAAACAAUUGAAACACCUUCAAGCUAUUAUUUUGUCCAACCCCUGUAUGUUGUAAACCUAACUUAAGCUUACAAAUUAUUCAAAUGUUUAUGUGUCACAUUUUAUCAUACAGGAAUGACUGACGUUGUUUUAUUCUAGUUGUAGCAAAUGAAUAACGUUCAUGUUUUCAUCAGCUAGUGUUUUAUGUUCACUACAUUAGAGCAAAGGCCACAGUGGCUUUUUUUUAGCCACAUAUAUCACAACUUUCCUUCGUUCUGUAAGGCAACUCAACUCCUUGUUCUUCAGGACUUGAUCCCACAGAUAUCAUGUAAUUCCCUUGUUGGUUUGUGUCUCUUGACUGCUUUGAUGUUUUAUCUCUGUAUGUGUGACCCGUCCACCGUGAUGUUGGGCUCUAAAAUAUUCAUUAAUAGCGAUGAAUGACGAUAUUUCAUCAAAGGUGUUUUGGUGUCAGAUGGUAGAUAAUGAGUUCUGUGGGAGGAGCCCAGUUAAAGGAGCUACAGUACAGUCAGUAGCAGUCCCACCUGUUGAUAGGAGGAGCUCCUCCCACCUGUCCCAGUGCGUGGACCCGCCCUGCUGGAGGCUCGAAGCAGGUGAAAUGUGGCCCGACUGGUCCGAUGGGAAUGCAGAGUCGCACUGACUGACAACCCUGUCAACCAGGUGGAUCCAGCAGAAGUUGGCCCACUCUCAGACAAUGACAUAGCUGUGUUUUCUUUCGCUGAAACUGGAAGUUGAGGCUCUGCAGACUCCCACCACUCCAUCUGACUGAGCACGAUUAUUUCCCUGACCGGGGCUGGGGGCAGAUGGUCGCUCUGAGAGUUUGAGCAGAACUCAGGAAGGAGAGUGAGAGGAAGGGUGGGAGGAGGGUCAGAGAGGGAGAGGACGAGAGCAGUGGUGCGAACACGAGAGGAGACAUGCUUCGCUACGGUUCUGGACGAACAGUGUCCACCACCACAACAACAACAACAGAGGACUCUGCGGACCCUUUGAAUGAGAGGAGGAUCAGGCGCCUCAGGUUAACUCUACACGCCGGGGAUCAUGGAAAUAAGGAUUCCAAAACUGCAAACACUAAUGAGAAGGCGAAGGAAGGGGAGUGGAAGAAGAAGAAUGGGCUCAUCCAGAGAGAGAGACCAGCUGGAAGAGAGUCGCCUCAGCAGCACCUUGGCGACAUGACCAAUGGGGUGCCAGAGUCCUCAAUGCAGAAUCAUGGGCCUAAAGUGUACGGAGUCGUGCAGAGGACAGGAACUGACCGGCGACAGGAAGUGAUGGCACGAGAGUGGACGUUUAACCAUCUUCAGGAUGAGAUGAAAUACAUCAAAGAGGUGCGAGAUUCUCUGGAGAAGGUUAGAGAGCGCAUGUACGGUCAGUUCGGGGGGAUGCAGCAGUCCAUGCAGAAGCUGUCGCAGGAAAUCCGGGCAGCCAACUCCCACAGAAGAAGUCUGGAGUCAGAGGUCAAGGUGCGCACAGCUGCCAUGGAGAGCUUCGAUCAGAUGAACAACUCCCUGAUUUCCGCCAACAUCGGCCUGCAGAAGUCUACUCUGCAGAAGUCCAUGCUGGAAAGCUGUCAGAGCAGAGUGGACAUGAGGGAGGACCUCAAGAGUUUACGGGCCAGCAGCCAGAGAGCUCAAGAUCAGCUGAGAGAAAAGGAGAGAGAGCUGGCUGCUGCUCAGGCUGAAAACCAAACACUGAGGCUGCAGGUGGAGUCGUCCCAGGAGGCCAGUGCUCAGGCACUGCAGGAGCUCUCAGUAAAGCUACAGCGGGAGUAUGAUGCUAAACUGCUGGAGGAGCAGCAGAAACACAGGCAGGAAAUAGAGAGUCUACAGGCGCAGCUGGAUGAGUACAUCAGGCGACUGGAGGAAGCAGAGAGGAACAUGAGGAUAGCAGAGGCUAAGAUCGCUGAAAGAGAUCAAAGAAUCAGUGAAGUAGAACGUCUGCUAGAAUGCAUGGGGAAGGAAAAGAGUCACUUUCAGAAAAAGCUACAGGAAUGUGAACAGAAGCUCCGUCUGAUAGAGCUCACAGAUACGACCGACUCUACUGUUGCCAAAAGGUCCAAAGACCUGAAAGGAGAAGCCGGGGAGCUGCGGGAGAGAAUCAAGCACCUGAACGACAUGGUGUUCUGUCAGCAAAGGAAAGUCAAAGCAAUGAUCGAGGAGGUGGAAUCGCUUCGAAGUCAAGUGGCACAUAAGGACAUGUUCAUCUCAGAGCUCCUGGACCGGAUCGCGAUAGUGGAGUGUGAGAAUAAUGAGUUAGAAGACAAGCUGAAGUAUUUUAUGUCCACACAGCACAGGCAACAAGUAGUUAUGGAAACCAGGGAAGUAGGAGUAGGCUGUGAUCUGCUCCCAAGAGGUGAUGAAAACAGUUUUGAGCCUCAUGUUGAGCGUGCGCCAACUCAUCUCCAUUCCAUUCAUCAAGUGCCACCCCCAGUUCAAUCACCGCCCCCAAACCAUUCACUGAGCCACUCUCCACCCCCUGUACAAGGACCAGCCACCGACAGUGCUGACUCUGAACACCCCCUCACCGACUACCCACCACCACCCAUACAGCCUUCAUCCUUUAACCACCCACCACCAUCCAUACAGCCUUCAUCCUUCAACCACCCUCCAUCAUCCACACAGCAUUCGAGCUCCAACUGUUUCCCACCUGAGGAAUCUUCUACCCACACAGCAUCAUCCCUACAAUACACCUCAGAACUUUCAUCAUCCAGCAUCGCGUCGACCCUUCUGCCUUUGUCAAACCCACUUCCUCUUCAACACCCAUCCGUUUACCUCACCACGCCCAUUCAGCCGAGGACUUUUAGCCUGAGCAACCCUCCACCCAGUCGCCUGGGGUCCAGCUUACUGCGCUACACACCCAUACAAUACAGCCAGCUCCUGCCUUCUAACCCACAAGUCACCAGUGACUAUUUCUCUUCCACCAGCACAACUGUUUCUGACCCCACCGCCGGCACAGAUGAGGUCGAUUCUGAAAGAGGAUUAAAUCCAGAAGAUUCCUCAUCUUCUCCCAUGAGAACAAGAUCCAGAGGCGUCUACACCCCCUUUAUGAAGCUAAUGGAGAUCACCUCCAAAAUAAACAUAGAGUGAUCCCACUGGUGAAGACUGGAUGGAUUGAGUUAAAAGAAGUACUGCUGUUGUUCACUGUAAAUGUUAGCCGCACAUCUUCUCAGCCAGCCCAAACACAAAGGCAGGAAAUCUCAAAACACCAGUAAUAUUUCAUUAUUUUACAGGAGCUUGAGCCUCAGAACUUGAGCCUCAAACCUCCAACAAACUAAACAAAACUCAGAUAUGUCAACCACUGGAUCGUAUUAAAUUUUAAGUAAUGCAAGAAAACAGUAUUUAACUCAAAUGUCUAUGUUUUGGUGGGAUUCAAAUCUCUCUGCUGCACUUCAGGGGUUACUACCUCUCAUAGCAGCAGCAGACAUUGGUCAGGUUAAAUGAAGGUUUCAAGGCACCUGCAUGUGCUCCCCCUGUCCAGGGUUCCUCGCCACUCCAGCCUGGUUAAGAUGGACGCGGAUGCCGUUGAGUAGUUAAACAUAUAAAUCACCCCUCCCAUUAACAUUCUUUUUACUUUCUUUUUCUUUUUUUUUACUGUUUACUGAGGGCUUGAAGAAGGAAUGAAGGAAGUGCCGAGCAUGCUCCCUUCAGGGUUACUGUCAAAAGUCACAUAUUUUUCAUUUUAAAUUGAAAUGUAGAAUUUAAGUAGAAUUAAUAUGUCAAACAACUGUACACUUCUUAAGUGAAUUAUAGAAUAUAAGACCACGUUCCUAUUGAAAUCAAUCCACAAACACAUACAAAUUAGCUUUAAACCCAUUAACAACUCCGUUGUCCAAAGUGCUGGAAAAAGAUGAAACUUCAUGUAAAAUUGAUGCACUGGCAUGUGGAUUGUAAUGAAGGACUUUGUUUACACUGAAUGUAGCUCACCUGCACAAGUCUUGUAGAUAUGUAAAUAAUGAGUUCCAAUCAGAAGAUGACAAGGUUGUGUAUUUUAUUAUUGUUUUUAUAUUUGCGCUCUGUACAAAUAAAAAAAAAUCCAUAUUUUGCUAUCACCUAUGUCCAAAAUAUUUAUUAACAUGCUUAGUGCCUUCAUGUACAGCCCUGAGUGAAUAUGGUGACGGUGGGGAGACAAAUUUGUUAAUAUGAAAACAUGUAAAGAUACUUUGUAUAGACAGCUGCCACUCCUGAGCCUCGGCACAAGUAUUAUCCAGGUGUUGUCUGCACUGCCACAACUAUUCAGGGAGAAAGCGCUCCUCAGUGAUGCAUAUCGAAACCAGAGUGGAGACAAGUGUUUUGCCUUACGUUUCACUGCGCAGUUGAACCUGACGUCACACCCUCUUUCACAUAUGUACUUCACUCUGAGGCUUCAUUCCUCUGUGCUGAGAUCACUCUCUCGUAUUAAACUGACAUCUUGA